CCGAUAAACUUUGACAGACUGUGAAUUAAAAAUACAAUGAUUUUAAACAAGAUAAUUGUCAUUUAGACAAUCAUAUUUGACUAACUAGCCAUCUUCCGGAGCGCUUAGCGCCGCCCAUGCUUUAAUAGUUUUCUCUGUUUCUGUGAUACAUGAGGCUCUUGAUGGCGGCUGUAAUAGAGUGAUUACGGCAGGUGACUAGCGCUUAUCAGUCUCCAGUUAGACGUGUUUCUGUGAUUGUGUGGGCUCAGACAGGUCAACACAGGUGAUAACAUGGCUCUACGCGUAUGCAGCACUUUUCUCCGUUCUUACUCGACUCACGGCAAGUCAGUUCUGGGUGGACUCUCAUCAUCCAUCCGGUUGAAAAGUUCCUGUCCCGUUGACAUCAGUCAUCUGGACCACCUGGUGCUCACGGUUCGGGACCUGAACAGAACCACACACUUCUACUCCAAGGUUUUGGGGAUGGAGGUCGUCACUUUUAAGGGCGACCGGAAAGCUCUGAGUUUCGGAGAGCAAAAACUGAACCUGCAUGAGGCUGGGAAGGAGUUUGAGCCCAAAGCCAAAACCCCGACUCCGGGAUCUGCUGACUUGUGCCUGAUUACCAAAACCCCUCUGACCACCGUGGCUGCCCACCUCGAGGCGUGUGGCGUGACCAUCGAGGAGGGUCCCGUGGACAGGACGGGUGCUGUGGGUCCCAUCCGCUCACUCUAUUUCCGUGACCCUGACCACAACUUGAUUGAAGUCUCCAAUUACCAGCAGUAGACGGCAGGGGCGCUGUAUCACCGCCUAAAGAUGAAGAU